CCUAGGAGCUCAAGAAUUACUUAAAUGUGCAGUGACAUGCACCGAGGGGCCCUGAAGCCCGAGUGUGAGGCCGAAGAAACACACUGUGCAGAGGGACAAAGACACAUGUCACUCUCCAUCCUGCUGUGGGUGUCCGUGGCCUUCAUCUGCACUGGAUCCAGUGUGGCCCAGAAAGUGACUCAAGUCCAGCCACCCAUAUCCAGACCAGAAGGGGAAAUGGUUACCCUGUACUGCUCCUAUGAGACAACCUGGAACUUUUAUUAUCUUGAUUGGUACAAGCAACUUCCCAGUGGAGAGAUGGUUUUUAUUAUUAGUCAGUAUUCUUCAGAUUCCAAUGCAAAGAAUGGUCGCUAUUCUGUCAGCUUCCAGAGAGCAGCUAAGUCCAUCAUCCUCACCAUUUCAGCCUUACAAAUGGAAGAUUCGGCUAUGUAUUUCUGUGCUAUCACGGAACCCACAGUGUUUGAAAUGAGAGUCUCAGGACCAGGCUUCCCACAAUUGCUGGAGACACUGAAUGUGCCCUCUUUGUGUCUCUCUGGGGUGAGCAGCCUGCAUGUGCGGGAGCAGAGUUCUUCCUUCCUGAGUGUCCAGGAGGGAACACUCGCCAUUCUGAACUGCACUACUGGGGAGAGAACCCGCCUCAACUUCCACUGGUUCCGACAGAACCCUGGGAAGGAGCUUGUGUCUUUGACCUCCAUUCAAUCUGGUCAGGAAGAGCAGAUGGACAGACACUUUAAAGAUCAGAUUGGGAAGAGCAAGUUAUACAGUGUUCUGAACCUCCCUAGCCCCCAGCUUGGUGACUCAGCCACAUACUUCUGUGCCUUGCGGCACUGUGCUCCUCCAGCACCUGUGGCCCACACCACAACCUGCAGCUGA